UUACCCUAUCAGGUGCAAACCGCUGACAUGUUUCCACCCACCAACAACAAAAAAGCCUCUCUUUGCCCAAAUCUCGAGCCGCAGACGCACAAACACCACUGACAGGCACUGCUGCGCCAUCAUCAGCCCCAAAACCUCUCCAGGGAUCCUUUGCUGUCUCUGCGAUUUCCACACAGCAACAAAACUUUUGCAUGCUUGGGUGAAAUUAUUUGCCCACUUUUAAUGACUUGUCUUUUUUUGUGGAAGGGCGUUGCAUUAUCAACCGCUUUUACGUGUUUUUCUCGCAGCUACUGGUGAAAUAAAAAUGACCCAUGCAAGGUGUACAAAUCCCCCGCAGGUAAACGGGAGGAGUUGAAGCGUUUGUGAUCACUGGAUUGGGAUUGUAGGACAGCUCGUAGUUUAAAGGUGCGAACACCUCGAAGGAUAUACUUUAAAGAGGGGCUUUUUAAGAGGCAGAGCUCUGAAUCUUUUCCACGCUUGGCACCGGUUUGCGGAGACUGUAGGAUUUCGAGGAGCAGAAGAGACUGAGCUGAAAAAAAAAUCUUCUGAAUAAUUCCCCCCAACAAGGAAGCACCUAAUGCGGCACUCGAUGUCCCUGCUGCUGCUCUCCAGUGAUCCACUCUUAUUCUGGGAUUCAAUCUACUUACCACAGCGGUGGUGUCCGUAAAGGACGCGCAGGGGAGCGAAGAGAGAGAGAGGGGAGGCGAUUUCGCCAACCUUUCCUUGGGCUCUAAAUCUGAGGAAGCAGGUGUAUUUCAGGUGUAUUACUCCAAGUCAAGAUGUCUCUGCUGCCUUCGAGGUUCAUUUACCUGUGUUUACAUUUUCUCGUGCUCUAUUUCCAGCUACAGGAAUCCCACCAGAGUUCUGCUGAUUUCAGGUUUUACAUUGAAAACCACACGAGGAACCCGGAUGACCUGAGCCGGAAGCAGGUCCGGAUCUACCAGCUGUACAGCAAAACCACAGGGAAACACGUUCAGAUUUUGGGGAAGAAAGUCAAUGCCAACGGAGAUGAUGGGGGCAAGUAUGCUCUUCUUGUUGUUGAGACAGAAACCUUCGGGAGCCACAUUCGAAUAAAAGGAAAAGAGAGCGAACAUUAUAUUUGCAUGAACGAAAAGGGCAAAGUAGUUGGAAGGCCUAAUGGAACGAACCAGGAGUGUGUCUUUAUUGAGGAAUUCCUGGAGAACAACUACACAGCGCUUGUGUCCGCCAAGUACAAAGGAUGGUACCUUGGUUUCAACCGGAAGGGGCGGCCCAAGAAAGGCUCGCGGACCACGCAGAGGCAACAGGAAGUUCACUUCAUGAAACGCCAACCGAAGGGCAGGAUGAACCCACUGGAGGAAUUUCGUUUCACCACAGUAACUAAGCGGACACGAAGGGCUCGGCGAUUAAAACCCAACCCCAGGAGGAACUGAUGGGCCCAAUGGGACAGCACAAAUUUUCCUUGGGGGAGAAAAAAAAAACUGUAACUGAAAAUCUCAAGUUUCUUGUCUUAAAAAAAUCACCUUAAAGACUUCACUUCUGUAAAGGAACAGUGGACAAAAAAAAACAAAAACAAAGUCAAAGAUGUUUUAUUUUUGUAUUUCAGGACGACUGAAUAUUUCCUAACUCUUGGAUUCUUCUGGGUUGAUGUCACUGUGCUAUCGUGUCUGUCAUGUUAUUUAUACUGGAUAAACUAACGGACCACUGAGAGAACUCCUGUCGUCGUUGACCUCAGCUACGCUUGAACUGCCAGCUGAAGGCAUACUUUCUUUCUGACAAUGGGGGCUGAAGCAGGAGCGGCGCCACGUUAUAAAAAUCAGCCAGCUAGAGAUUUAUUGGAAUACCUGUCGGUUUUUGUUUGUGUUGCCCCUGACAAUGCCGAUCCCAUACUUUCCACUGGAAUCAGACACCAUGGAGAUGAAAUGGAGAGAGGUGGCAGUCGCAGGUGACACUGUGCUGCCGGGAUAAUGUGUGGCUCUGAGUGCAAUAUUUUACAGAUCUCUCUCUUUAUCUUCCUCUUUGUUUUCCAUAUGUCUCUCAACCUCAGCUUCACUCAUGGCUCCUGGAAUGCAUUGAACCCUCCGAGUACUGUGUGUGAUUUCCGUGACAUUUCCAUGCAGCCUGUGAUUCAGCUAAAACACAACAUGCUUUGACUAGUCAGGCACCAGCCUUGGCUUCAAUCUUAUAUAAACACACACAGAAAAACAAUAUAAACUAAAAGAAAUAACAGUUCACGUGAUUCAUAAUUCCACAAAGUCUUCCAACUUCAUUGCAUUUGGGUGACGGAUGUUAAUCCCUUUCGUCUCCCUUUCAUCUCCCCUUGGACUCACUUUCUUCGUCACAGGUUUCAGAGGAAGCUUCGAUUCGAUGAGUGGGAGCUAGCUAUUAUUUUGGGGUUGGUGAUGAAAGCCUCUUUUAGACAGAGAUUCCACUACAUUGCCAUUAAGGUGUCCUUUUUUUAUUGUGGCUUUACCUGUUCACACUGAACUAAAAAAAAAAACAAAAAGCAAAAAGCCAGCAUAUUGCCGCCUCGUCUUCUUUUUACACAGAUACCAGUGUCCCGGUACUAGAGCGCACCAGUAAUAUUGUUGCUUUCAAAUCAACAGUGGUGGGUGAACAGAGCAGGGAUGUGCUUUUGCUCAUCCUCCACAUUUACAACGUGAUUCGGACUCAAAGUUGUUGUUUAACAUUUUAAUGAUUAUGAUCAAAGAUUUUGGUUCAUGCGAACAACAUUAAAAUUUAAAUCCCCCAGUGGUGCAUCACAGAAACAACACUUCAACAAAACUUCACAAACGUUCAACUGCAACCCCCUAAGCCACCUUUCACCUUCUUCAGAUGGGCUGAGGCGGAACAGUUGCGCCGAUUUUACUACCUCUCGUGGUGGAAUAAAGGAAGGUCAACACUGACCCAGAGCGGCAUAGUGGAAAAUUGGCAGUGUAACAGUCUUCCUCUACCUCCUUGUUCUUUUUAUCUUUAGUCUGACUGUCUGUCUACAGUUAAUCUCAUGAAACAUUCAACUUGAACUGGGUUCUAUUUUGUUUUCCAAAUUAUCUUUUGACUGUGAGUUUGUCUUCUUUACGUUCAUCCUCACAGGACGAACUUCUCCAAGAUGCUUUUGGGAAAGGCCUGUGGUGGUUUGUCAGAUCACUGAUCCACACACAACAAUACUGUAGCACAUUCACCCCUAAUCACUCCAUAAAUCCAUGACAGUUACAGUAGGCCUUCUCAGAAACCCAGAAAACCAGCAUGUCCAGGAUUCAGGGAACAUUUUCAGUAACGUGGUAGAGUUUGAGUGUGAAUCCUAAAGGGAAACAUUUGUUCUUCUGUCGUUCCCUCUCUCAAUGACAAAAACUCCAGCCUCUUUUCACCAAUAGCAUGUAUUCACCUGCCUGCUGGCAGGUUUUUGUAUGAGUUGCUACUAACAACAUGACACAUUUAUGAUUUUUUUUUUAAACAAAUGUAAGCAAAAAUAAUUUUAUGACUAUUAUUAAGAUAUUUAUUGUCUCCCUUUGUAAAUAAAAUGUGAUGAGUUUUAUUUGGCCGCUGUUAAUAAA